AUGACCACUCUCGACAUCAAAGCCGACAGCUCUCACAGGGAAGCCGUUGUUCAGGCCAUCGAGUCGGCCAAUGGUGACAAGGGCCUUUGGCAGUUGAUCCGGGAGAAUCCACGGGUCAUUGCCUUCGCAUUCCUCGCAAACUGUGGCUCAUUCUUAUUUGGAUACGAUGUGCUCGUGCAAGGAGCCAUCACUGCACUACCCAUGUUCUCUGUCUACUACGGAUCGAUAUUCCACGACGCCUAUAUCCUGCCAGCGCUGUGGCAGGGUCUCUGGCAAGCUUUUAAUGCUGCUGGAAUCAUGCUUGGUGCUGCAACCAAUGGGUUCAUGCAGGACAGGUUUGGAAGAAAGCCUAUGUUCUUCGUAGGCGGUGCAAUCUCGGCUCUUGGUGCUGCAGUUACCUAUGUCUCUUCUGAAUUGACCUUGGUAGACCAGAGACGCGGUCUUCUUCUGGUCGGGAAGUUCAUCAUUGGUGUUUCCAUGGGCAUCUCCAUGUCGACCUGCCAAACCUACGUGUCAGAGAUUGCUCCCCCACGUCUUCGAACCAUCUUGCUUGGCUUCUACCCAUUUAUUAUUACUGUGGGCCAAAUGAUUGCUAUUUCCGUCGUCUUCUCACGCGUCAGCGACAUGACCCCGGCCGCGUUUAGAGUUCCCUUCGCAUCUCAGUGGGCGUUCUCCGGAUAUGCCAUGCUCGUGGCCUUGAUUGUCCCAGAAAGCCCCGUUUACCUCGUCACGAAAGAAAAGAUCCCCCAGGCCAAGAAAUCGUUGAAACUUCUAGGGUCAUCUGAUGAGCAGAUCCUCGUCAUCCAGUCCACCAUCGAACAAGAGAUGGGGGCUGACGCGGAAGAGACCUCGAUGAGAGAAUGUUUCCAGGGCACCGAUUGGAGGCGUACACGCAUCGUUUGCCUUCUCAACUCCCUUCAACAAUUCAUCGGCGUAUCUCUUGUUUCAAACUCGACAUACUUCUUCAUCAUGGCUGGAAUGAGCCCAACAAUGUCCCUGACUCUGAAUCAGGUUGGUAUUGGUUGCAGCAUGGCCUGUACGCUCAUAUCCUGGGUCGUGAUGAGCAGGAUAGGCCGCCGCUUGGCGAUUCUUGCCAGCUUUGUUAUGGCUGGAUUGAUCUUCCUGGGGAUGGGCAUAGCCGGGUGCUGGUCCCAAAGCCGGGUGGCUCUGAGGUUUAUUGGAGUUUCUCUCCUUUUGGCAGCUUGUUGCAGCAAUCUCGGUGUUGGAACAGCAUAUCCUAUCGCCGCCGCAGAGAUUCCCUCAAUGAGACUGCGUGCCAAGUCUUUAGGUGUCGGUUUUUUUACAAACGCUUUCAUGACUUGGGCUUUCUCGCUGUGUGUUCCCUACAUGUUCAACUCCGACCAAGGCAACUUGGGCGGGAAGAUUGGAUUUGUCUUUUGUGGGUUUUGCGCCAUCGGCUUUGUUUUGUCCUGGAUUGAGAUUCCGGAGACCAAGGACAUUUCCUAUGCACGGAUCGACGCAUUGUUUGAUGCUCGAGCACCAGCCCGAAAGUUCAAAGCCAUGUCGCAGGACAGGCUGAAUGUGGAUUAUGAAUAG